AAAACUAAUAAUUUUGGUGAAAAUGGGUUCAAGAAAAUGUUUUUGUGUAUUAUUGUUAUUAUCAGCACUAGCUAUUGUAUGUAAAGCUCAACCAAAAGUGUUUGAUAUAACAAAAUAUGGUGCCAAAUCUGAUGGAAGCACAGAUAAUACUCAGGCAUUACUUGAUGCAUGGAAAGAAACAUGUGCAACAACCGGUUCAAGCAAAUUAAUAGUUCCAAAAGGAACCUAUUUUUUGGGUUCAGUGGAAAUGAAAGGUCCUUGCAAAGGUUCAGUAGAGUUUGAACUACAAGGGACCUUAAAAGCCCCAAAAGAGCCAAAAGAUCACAAGGAUCCCAACAAUUGGGUGACAUUUUCAUAUUUAGAUAAUUUCUCACUAUAUGGUGGUGGAACUUUUGAUGGCCAAGGUGAAAUGGCCUGGGGUGUCAACAAUUGUGCCAAAACCAAGGAUUGCAAGAUACUUCCAAUUAGUUUGCGAUUCGAUUACAUUACCAACGGCGAAAUUCGGGACAUAACAUCUCUAGACAGCAAAUACUUUCACGUCAACGUUUUAGGCUGCAAAAACGUUACAUUCCAACACUUCACCGUCACGGCACCAAAAGUUAGCCCCAACACAGACGGAAUUCACAUCGGACGAUCCAACGGAGUCACCAUUAUUGAUUCGGACAUCAGCACCGGCGAUGACUGCAUCUCCCUCGGCGACGGCAGCCAGCAAGUUCAUAUUACAAACGUAACAUGCGGGCCCGGGCAUGGCAUUAGUGUCGGAAGUUUAGGGAAGUACAAAAAUGAGGAACCUGUGUCGGGAAUUUUUGUGAAAAAUUGCACGCUUGUGGAUACUGAGAAUGGUGUGAGAAUCAAGAGCUGGCCGGCUAUGUUUGCGAAUACUGCAUCUGAUAUGCAUUUUGAAGAUAUUCUGAUGAAGGAAGUUAGUAAUCCUGUGCUUAUUGAUCAAGUCUAUUGCCCUUGGAAUCAAUGCAAUCCCAAGAUGCCAUCAAAAGUGAAGAUUAGUAAUGUUAGUUUCAAGAACAUUAGAGGGACUUCUACAACUGCUCUAGCUGUUCAGCUAAACUGCAGCAGUGGGAUUCCAUGUGAGGAUGUGGAGCUUGAAGGCAUUGAUCUCACAUAUAAGGGACCAGAAGGACCUGUUAAAUCUGCCUGUGCUAAUGUUAAACCUAAAAUUACAGGCAAAUUAUCCCCCGCUGUAUAGUCUAAGCGGUAGGGAUGUUGUAAUUCGAAAUCAGAACUCGAGAUUUGAUGUUUCAACUCCGAAAAAAUGCUUGUUUUGAUAUAAAAUUUCAUGUAAUUGGUACCUCAUUUUGAGGUGGAUUUAUUUGUUUCCAGUGAAAAUUGCUAGAAAUUGUGUGUA